AUGAAUCCUUUAAUCAAAUUAACAAUACCGAUAUCAAGAGGUAUAUUAAUAAAAAACACCCGAUUUUUAUCAACUAUACGACCAACUGGAUCAUUUUUAAGUCGAACUAUCAGAUCACCCACAUUUGUUGGAUUUAAAAGAUUUGCAUCGAAUUCAACUAUUAAAUUAUUACAAACUCAAGAGCAAUCAGCUAAUAAUGAUUUAAAUAAUAUUCAAGCACAAUUAGAAUUUUAUAAAUCUUUAUUAGCUUAUAAUUAUCCUCAUCUAUUAGUACAACGUUUUGAAACCCCUGGGAUUGCUUCAAAUGCUGAAUGUACUAAAUUAUAUAUCGAUGCAUUGAAUAAAAUUGGUCAAAAGGAUAAAGCCGAACAUGUUUCCAAAACUUUGUUAGUUCAGCAACAACAAGGUGGUGCAGGAGGAGCUGGAGCAGGAGCUGGAGGAAUCCCAUAUGGAUUUGGAUCAAGAUAUGAACCAGUUCAUGUUGUCGUUAGUGAAUCAAUGAUGACUAUUUUAUCUAAAUGGUUAAAAUGGUUAAUUCCAAUAGCCUUAUUAACUUAUGGGGCUACUACUGCAUUUAAUUAUUUGGGUUGA